AGCCUCACGCAGAAAUAUGGUGUUUGCCAGAAGAUCGCCAUUGGCAAGGGCGCCACUUCCGUCGUCAGGCUCGCUCACAAGUGGGAUCGAAGCGAAGAGAGGCUCUAUGCCGUCAAAGAGUUCCGUAAACGAAGAAAGAACGAGUCGGAAAAGGAGUACGUUAAGAAACUCACUGCCGAAUUCUGUAUUUCUUCGACUCUACACCACGUCAAUAUCGUUGAGACCGUGGACCUCGUACAAGAUGAGUCUCAACGUUGGUGUGAGGUCAUGGAAUUCUGCCCCGGCGGGGAUCUUUACGCCGCCAUCAAGAAGGGUGGAAUGUCACCCAGCGAGGUCGAAUGCUGUUUCAAACAAAUCCUCAAUGGGGUUUCCUAUUUGCACAGCCAGGGUGUUGCUCAUCGGGAUAUCAAGCCGGAGAACCUCUUCUUCGAUACCAAGGGCCACCUGAAGAUUGGCGACUACGGUGCCUCAACCGUUUACCGCCUGCCAUGGGAGACGACGAUCCAUAUGUCGACGGGUUUGUGCGGCAGCGAGCCGUACAUUGCACCUGAGCAAUUCUUAGGCAAACCUUAUGACGCCCGCCUCGUUGACAUCUGGGCCUGUGGUAUUAUUUACUACUGUCUGCACUUUCAGGAGAUGCCGUGGCGAGUCGCGCAGCAGGCAGACCCGCUGUAUGCGGCCUAUGCUCAAGCUUGUUCCGCUCCGCAGAAAGAUGCGGCAUCUUUCCCUCCAACCGUUAAUAACCUCUCGCCCCGUGCUUGCCGCAGCCUCAUCCGGAAGAUGCUUGAGCCAGACCCGAAGCAGCGCGCGAACAUUGAGACGAUCAUGGCACACCCGUGGCUGGAGAGCAUAGAGGUCUGCCACGCCGUCGAGAAGCCCAGGCAUUUCCAUGGACAUGCGAUGGCCCUCGCUGAGGCACAGAUCCAGGUGAUGGCGUAA